GGCCUAGAGUGGGCCCAACUGGAAGAGAAGUGUCUCCAUUUCACUGGGAACAGUAGGGCCUUGGGAGACCACCCAGCCCAACCGGAGGACUCGGGGAGAGGCGAUGUCAUCCAGAGAAAACCCAGGAGUGCUGAGGGCACCAGGGGCGUCCUGAUCUUCCCCCAACUGCAAACAAGAAGUCUCCCCAAGUCUCCCACUUGGCCUUGAAUCCUGGAAUAUGGGACUAUGGCUGUAUCUGACUCCAUUGCACCACUGCAGCAAUUUGUAUGUAUGUAGGUGGAACUGCCAGAGCUGAGCCUGGACCAUAGAGCAUUUGGCCUGGGUAACCAAACUGCUAUCCCAUCUCAGCCACAGGCUUGAUUGACCCAGCCAGAACCAUGUCCCGACGCCAGAUGAACAGCUCCAAUAAUUACAGCUAUUGUGCGAACCAUCCCCAUUCUGCAUCCUUUUCUCCCAGAGUCCCAGGCGGGAGCCCAAACUCCAGCCUAAACACCUACAAGGGCCUGCGUACCCGUAUCCCAAGUAACUCGGAGUUCGGUAGCCACUCAGAGUGGUAUCCCCCUUCUUCCAGAAUGCCCCUGGGAAAAGGUUGCACGCACUCCAAGGGCACCGACACCAGUCACCUUGUGAAGGUCCCCACAGUGGCCAGGAGGGCCCCUUGUCAUCCAGGUGGCCCUCGUUGCAUGCUGUACACGGAUGGCCCCUCCCAUUCCUCCAGCCCUACCUUUCUGGACCAGCUUAUCAAAGGCAUCAACUAUCUGGACCGAUCCACCGGCAUCUUCUCCAACAACCAAUCAGCCCAAGCGCUGAGUUUGCCCAGGCUUGCAGCCAGCUAUCUGGAACGAGCCGCCAACGCCCUCUACCUGGAUAACCUGGAAAACUCCACACCUCACAGCUGCCCCAGCCGCAGUAUUGGCGUUGGCCCUGACCGCUCCUCAGAUAGCACCAGCAUGGUUCCCUCUGCCAGGCCCAAUGCUACGCUCCAGUACCUGGGUGAUUCCACCAAUGUGGGCAGUCAGCAACCACCUCUCCGCCCCGAGGGGAUGUCACAGAAGUCAGACAUCAAGCUGCCGGAGCUCCGACUGAUAAGCAAUGGUCUCCUUUCCUUAAGUCGUCUGCCUAAAUUGUGGGAAGCAAUGCGCUCUAGCAUCAAUGCCUCAGAACCCAUCACCAAACCUCCUAACUGGUGGUGACAUGGACUUAGGCAAUGGGCACACUACCAUCCGGCUACAGCAUGGAAAAUAAAUUCGU